AUGAAGUACUUCUUUUCCGCUGCUUUCCUCGCUGCUUCCGUCGCUGCUGCUGCCGUUUCUGAGCCUGCCUCUCUCGAGACUGAGACUGUCACCAACGAGCACACUGAGGAGGUGACCAUCACCUCUUGCUCUGGUGUUGAGUCCUGCAAGACUCACGUCACUGCUGCUACCCAGACCGUUGUCACCGAGACCGUUGACGGUGUCAAGACUGAGUACACCACCACCUGCCCAGUUUCCGAGGAGGCCCCAGCUACCCCUGAUACCCCUGCUGAGACUGCUCCAGCUCCAGCUCCUGAUGCCUCUGAGCCAGCUCCUGCCCCAGCUCCUGGUGCCUCCGAGUCUGCUCCAGCUCCAGCUCCUGAUGCCUCUGAGCCAGCUCCUGCCCCAGCUCCUGGUGCCUCCGAGUCUGCUCCUGCUCCAGCUCCAGGUGCUUCUGAGCCAGCUCCUGCCCCAGCUCCUGGUGCCUCCGAGUCUGCUCCAGCUCCAGCUCCUGGUGCUUCUGAGCCAGCUCCAGCUCCUGGUGCCUCUGAGCCAACCACUCUCGCUGGUGAGCCAACCACCGCUGCCGGCUCCCAGCCUCCAGCUCCAGCUGCCUCUCAUCCAGCCGAGUCUGACGUCACUGUUGACGCUACUACUACCCCUACCUCGGUCACUUCUGAACCUGUUGAGGCUACCUCUUACGCUCAGCUGACCUUCACCUCUGUCCACCAGUCCGAGGGUUCUGAUAACGCCAGUGUUUCUUCCUAUGAGGCUGGUGCCAACAAGCAGGCUGUCGCUGGUGCCGCUUUGGUCGGUGUCGCCGCUUUGUUGUUGUAA